CCCUCUUCCUCUGUCUUUUAAGAAUGAAUUUGUCACAACCAGUCUUGGGCAUUCUUUUUGGAAUUCCAAAUGUCAUCACCAUAAGCGACACCAUCAACUCAGUGUCCAAGGCGCUGGAGACGCACUUUGUUCCGAAGUUUCUAGGAUUUCAGCAAAUGACCCGAGAAGUCGCCAUCGCAGAACAUGGAAGAAAAAUGUUCAAGACACUUUACGAAGCUCCUGAGGACACUCUUUUCCCCAUCUUCGAUGGCACGUAUCUCUACAGCGAUUUUGAACUCCAAAAGAUGACAUGGUCUGGACAGAAGAACCGAAAUCUAGUGAAACCAAUGAUGAUAGUGCUUGACGACGGGUACGUAAUCGAUGCUCCGGGACCUUAUAACAGCAAUGGCGCGAAUAACGACGCAGGAAUUCUAAAGUCACUUCUAGUCGAAGGUAGCGAGCUUCUGAAGUUUCUAGACCGGAAAAAAGAUCGUCCCGUCGUCGAUCGUGGCUUUCGCGACAAUGGCCCCCCUCUGAAGAAAAUGGGAUUUAAGGUAUAUAUGCCUGAACUGAAAGCCAAGAAUAAAGACCAAUUUACAACUCAGCAAGCAAACACAUCUCGCAAAUGUACCCUAGUUCGAUGGCUAGUAGAAGCUGUAAAUGGACGAUUGAAGAUUAAGUUUAAAUUCUUCUCGGACGUAAUCCCGGGCUCUUAUCUACCCAAAUUGCGAAGAUUUUUCAGAAUUGCGAUGGCUAUGAUCAAUUGCUUCUGCCCACCACUUAUGGAAGAUACUGAAAGGCACCAACAAAUCGCCCUGGAUGCUUUGGCGAGGUCAAAAGUGGAUAAUGAAAUGAAGAAGCGCGUCGCACGGGACAAGCUAGACCGAAACACGGAAAAGUGGUCAACGGCUUCCUCGUCCGGUGUUCAAGGCUUUCCUAUUCUUUCAGUUCAAGAUCUAGAGAAGCUGACGUUAGGAGUGUACCAAGUCUCAUUGGCCAAGGAGUACACCAAGAAACACUUGAGUGAAGAUUCAGAAUUUAAUAUUCAACUUAAUACCGAAGUCUCUGGAGUUCUGCGAGCCAAGUUGGCAAGUCGAUUCACGUCCGGAAAGAACCACCAGCUCUGGAUCCAGUUCGACGCUAAUUUACAAAGCCACAACGCCAUCACUGGUUAUUACUGUGACUGUUGGCAGGGUGCAAGAACAGUUGGUAUGUGCGCCCAUGUCACUUGCGUAAUAUGGUAUCUUGGAUAUAAAAGACAUCAACCAGAAAAUCUAAGGAAAAGGAGACCAAGGGUACUCGACUUUGUUGACGCAGCGAUGGUCAUACGAGGGGCGCCUGGUACGUCGGCAACAGCAUUGGUCCAAGUCGAUCUUCAAGAUUUACAAGAAACUUCAGAUGAUGAUGAUUCUUCUCCUAAUAUUCGGAUUUUAAGGAGUCAUCACCAAGAAUAGUGGUAUUGAGAGUGGUGUUUUAUUUUCCUGGUAUGGUAUAUUGUUGUAUUAAGCUCAUGCAUUUUUUUGGUUUGUUUUCUUUUUGCUAUAAUAAACAAUUUUCAUUUUCCCAUAAAUCAUGUUUUUUUGUAAUUUGUAUGUCUUCAUAUUAUAUACUAAUUAAGCUUA